AUGGGCAAAAAAGCUAUCGAUGCGCGUAUCCCUGCGCUCAUACGUAACGGUGUGCAAGAGAAGCAAAGAUCUUUCUUUGUCAUUGUGGGCGAUAAGGCACGUAAUCAGUUGCCAAACUUGCACUAUUUGAUGAUGAGUUCGGAUUUGAAAAUGAACAAAUCCGUCUUAUGGGCUUACAAAAAGAAAUUGUUGGGGUUUACAUCACAUAGACAGAAAAGAGAGGCAAAGAUAAAAAAAGAUAUCAAAAGAGGUAUUAGGGAAGUUAACGACCAGGACCCAUUUGAAGCAUUUAUAUCAAACCAGCACAUCCGUUAUGUGUACUACAAGGAAACAGAUAAGAUCUUGGGUAACACAUAUGGUAUGUGUAUUUUGCAAGAUUUCGAAGCAAUGACUCCCAACUUAUUGGCAAGAACGAUAGAAACAGUUGAAGGUGGUGGAUUGGUAGUCAUCUUGCUCAAGAGCAUGACUUCUUUAAAGCAAUUGUAUACCAUGAGCAUGGAUAUACACUCGAGAUAUAGGACAGAGGCACAUGACGACGUUGUUGCCAGAUUCAAUGAGAGGUUUUUGCUUUCAUUGGGAUCGUGCAGUAAUUGUUUAGUAGUCGAUGAUGAAUUAAAUGUACUCCCAAUAUCGGGAGGUAAACAUAUUAAACGUUUACCACCCAAAGAUGACGAUGAAUUGUCACCAAAGGCGCAAGAACUUAAAGAGCUAAAAGAAAGUUUAGCCGAUGUUGAACCUGCAGGAAACCUUGUGAGUUUGGCAAAAACCAUUAAUCAAGCGCAGGCCAUUUUGACAUUUAUUGAUGUUAUAACAGAGAAAAGUUUACGAAGUACAGUAACUUUGACAGCAGGUAGAGGUCGAGGAAAGUCUGCUGCCUUGGGUAUUGCUAUUGCUGCAGCAGUAUCACAAGGAUACUCUAACAUCUUUGUUACUUCGCCUUCACCAGAGAACUUGAAAACAUUGUUUGAGUUUGUAUUCAAAGGGUUCGAUGCCUUGGGAUACACCGAGCACAUGGAUUACGAUAUAAUUCAAUCAACCAACCCUUCAUUCAACAAGGCGGUAGUGCGCGUUGACAUCAAACGAGAACACAGACAGACCAUACAAUAUAUUUCACCAAAUGACCACUAUGUUCUUGGUCAAGCAGAGUUAUUGAUUAUCGAUGAAGCAGCCGCUAUCCCUCUUCCAAUUGUCAAGAAGUUGAUGGGUCCAUACUUGGUAUUCAUGGCUUCAACUAUCAAUGGGUACGAAGGAACAGGUCGUUCCUUGUCGUUGAAAUUGAUACAACAGUUGAGACAACAGCAACAAGUUGGAAAUACCCCGGCCGAUACAGAAAUCAUUUCGAGAGACAAUAAACUGAGCAAUCUUCAAGCUGGUGUCCAAUUAGCUAGAAAUUUGAAAGAGGUUGUUUUGGAUGAGCCAAUUAGAUAUGCGCCGGGUGAUCCAGUUGAAAAAUGGCUCAACAAACUUUUGUGCUUGGACGUAUCAUUAUCGAGGAACGCUAAAUUUGCUGCCAAGGGAACUCCUCAUCCAUCACAAUGUAACUUGUUUUUCGUCAAUAGAGAUACAUUGUUUUCAUACCAUCCGGUAUCUGAAGCAUUUUUGCAGAAAAUGAUGGCGUUAUAUGUUGCUUCGCAUUAUAAAAACUCGCCAAAUGAUUUGCAAUUAAUGUCGGAUGCACCAGCACAUCAAUUAUUUGUUCUUUUGCCACCAAUUGAAGAAGGUGAUAAUAAAAUUCCCGACCCAUUGUGUGUUAUUCAGUUAGCUUUGGAAGGGCAGAUUUCUAAAGAGAGUGUUAGGAAAUCCUUGAGCCGAGGACAACGUGCAGGUGGUGAUUUGAUUCCAUGGUUGAUUUCCCAACAGUUUCAAGAUGAAGAGUUUGCAUCAUUGUCUGGUGCCAGAAUUGUUAGAAUUGCAACAAACCCAGAAUAUGCUGGUAUGGGUUACGGUUCAAGAGCAAUGGAUUUAUUGAUGGAUUACUAUUCAGGUAAGUUUACUGACAUUAGCGAGUCUCUGGAGUUGAAUGAUCAUACAUUGUCAAGAGUUACUGAUAAGGAACUUGCCAGUGCAUCUUUGAAGGACGAGAUUACCUUGAGAGACGCCAAGUCCUUGCCACCAUUAUUAUUGAAACUUUCUGAAAAAGCACCAUAUUAUUUGGACUACAUGGGUGUUUCGUAUGGUUUUACCUCGCAAUUGCACAAGUUUUGGAAAAAAGCUGGUUUCACUCCUGUAUACUUGAGACAAACUGCCAAUGAUUUAACCGGAGAGCAUACCGAGGUUGUGCUAAAGGCUUUGCCAGAUAGAGAGGAUAAGUGGUUGCAUGAGUUUUCGAAAGAUUUUCACAAGAGGUUUUUACAACUCUUGGCAUACGAGUUUAAGAAAUUUCAAGCUUCACAAGCACUUGGUCUUAUUGAGGCCACAGAGCAGGGCGAAGGCGAGGAUGUUGUAAACAAGCCAUUAACUAGAGCUCAGUUGGAUGAAUUGUUGUCGCCUUUUGAUUUGAAGAGACUUGAUUCUUAUGCCAACAAUUUGUUGGAUUACCAUGUUAUUGUUGAUAUGUUGCCAUUGAUUGCUCAACUUUACUUUUCCAAGAGAGCAAACAAUGAGAUUAGCUUGUCGUCUGUUCAAUCUGCAAUCUUGUUGGCUAUUGGUUUACAACAUAAGAAUAUGGACCAAAUUGCACAGGAACUCAAUUUGCCUUCGAAUCAAGCAAUGGCAAUGUUUGCAAAGAUUAUUAGAAAGUUUUCCACAUAUUUCAGAGGCAUUUUGUCCAAAGCUAUCGAAGAGGAGAUGCCUGAAUUGGAGGAUGAACAAGUAAAGGAACUCGAAGGAGUUGACCAAGACAUAAUGGAUGAAGAAGUUGGACAAGAGGCAGAAGAGUUUGAUGGUAAUGUUGAAGAAAAGAUGUAUAAAGAGUUGGACGAAGCGGGAAAUCAAGCUAUUUCGGAGAUGAAGGAGAAACAAAAGGAAUUGAUCAAUGCAUUGAACCUUGAAAAGUAUGCAAUUGCUGACGAUGAGGAGUGGGACGAAAAGUCAAUGUCUAAAGCUGCCACUAAGGGUAACAAGCUGAAUGGUACUGGUGUCGUUAGUGUGAAAAAGGGUAAGAGGAAAUCCGCAGAAAGUGCCAAUGAUAUUUACGAAAAGGAGAUGAAAUUGGCCAAGAAGUCCAAGAAGGGUAAGAAAUAG